UACUGGAGGGCUAAUAAUUCUGACUUCAACUAUAUCUGACUCAAGUCUGAAUUUCCUCUCAGAUAUCGAGAAGGAGAAGCAGGCUUCAGCUGGCGAUGGGACGUCCGGUGGAAGCGGUGCUUCAGGGGGCGUCUCCGCCUCCCUCACGCCCGCCAUCUGGGAAAAAACCAUCCCGUACGACGGCGAGACCUUCCACCUGGAGUACAUGGACCUGGACGAGUUCCUGCUGGAGAACGGCAUCCCCGUGUCGCUGGAGGAGGAGCUGAACCGCGGUCUGGAGGCCGAGCGGCGGGACGGGGAUACACAGGGGUCCUCCGAGACCUCAGAGCAGCCCGCGGCCGUCCCGGAGAUGCCUGAGCAGCAGCAAGACGAGGACCCAAUGUCUGACGGUCAAACAGCAGACCAGGAGCUGAGCGAGGAGAUCGCUGCAGAACCCUCCUCUGUACCCGAGCGCGUUACACCAUCUCCAGUCUCCCCGGAGGACAUCGAGGUGAACGUGUCCUUCCAGCCGGACCCCACAGAUCUGGUGCUGUCCAGCGUUCCCGGAGGAGAGCUCUUCAACCCGCGCAAACACCGCUUCUCUGAGGACGAGCUCAAGCCACAGCCCAUGAUCAAGAAGGCCAAGAAGGUGUUCGUUCCUGAAGACGCCAAGGAUGACAAAUACUGGUCGCGGAGGAAGAAGAACAACGUGGCGGCGAAGCGUUCUCGUGACGCUCGGCGUCUGAAGGAGAACCAGAUCGCGGUGCGAGCCUCGUUCCUGGAGCGGGAGAACGCGGCGCUGCGCCAGCAGGUGGCAGAGCUGCGCAAAGACUGCGGCCGCUGCCAGAAGAUCAUGUCGCUGUACGAGGCCAAGUACGGCUCUCUGUGAGGGACACAAACACAAACACACAUUCAGAGGCGUGUGGACGAGACCAGGCCGACGGUCCAAAAAACACACAGCAACACUGACCACAGCAUGACCUUUGACCCCUCACACCUCAUCCCGACCCCUCCGCGAGGUCACUGACGGUCGGACGGCGGAGUUCAGACUCUCUUCUUCGGCUAGUUUUCAGCGUUUCCUCACACCUCGUUAGCACUCGACACGUUCAUUUCGUUUCCGCACCGGAGGUUUGACGCAGAAAACAAGCGCAUGAGGCUGAAUGUGGGAGAAAGUGCGCAGGUGUUUUAUAAUCGGCGGCUUUUAGGGUUUCCAGGGACCGUUUCCAAUCUUUAGUUUGAACUCGAGUGAUUCAGUAUGUGAAUCGCUAAUUUCUUUUUCAACAUAAUGAAGUCUACAGUGUGGCUAAAAUCACGCGUGGUGGAAAUUAAGCGUAAAGGAUUUUAAUUUUGAGUGUAUUUUACACUCUACAAACUAUUAAUAUUUGUGUACUGAAGAUUCGGCACCAAAAAUAAGAGCAGGAGGAAAAAACACAGCAGAAUCAUGACAGAAAAGGUUUUUAUAUAAUAAACUUUAGUUUUGAACUCGUGAUUCGUUAUGUGAAUCUGAGAUUUUACAGCUUUUUAUUCGAUAUAAUAAAGUCACAGAUGUGGCAAAAUGAGCUUGUGGUAGAAAAUAACAAAAGGAGACUCUGACAGCGUUUCAGCUAGUCUUUCAGUCUGAUUUUCUGCUGUUUUUCUCUGUUUACACUCGACACAUCAUUAAUAUCUGUGUACAGGAGGUUUGUCUUCAAAAACACGAGCGCGAGGAAUAAAUAAAGCAGAAUUAUGAUCGAGAACACUUCAGAUGUUUUAUAUUAAGCUCUUUUGAGGCUUUUAAGGUUUCGUGGGACUGUUAUGAAUCUGUUUUGAACCCAAAUGAUUCAUAAAGUGAAUCAAGGAUUUGAACUGUUUUAUUUUUUCCAUUAUAAUAAAUUGCAAAGUUGCAAGAUUUGCUUGUGGUGGGAAAUUAGUGUAAAGAAUUAUAAUGUCUGCUAGUCUUUCUUUGUUCUACUGUUUUUGAAUCUUUAGUUUGAACCCAAAUGAUUCAUGUGAGUCAGUUUUGUUUUUCUGUUUUGGUGUUUUUGAAUCUUUAGUUUUGAACACAAAUGAUUCAUGUGAGUCAGUUUGUUUUUCUGUUUUGGUGUUUUUGAAUCUUUAGUUUUGAACCCAAAUGAUUCAUGUGAAUCAGUUUUUUUCCAUUUUGGUGUUUUUGAAUCUUUAGUUUGAACCCAAAUGAUUCAUCAUGUGAAUCUGUAAUUUUUAGCAUUUAUUUUUUCUGAUAUUUCUUGUCACUGAUGUGGCUAAAUUAGUUUGUGGUGGAAAAUAAGCGUAAAGGAUUCUGCGUUUUCGCUAGACUUUCGGUCCGGUUUUGAUCAUUUCCUCUCUUUGUUGACAUUCGACACAUUAUUAGUGUUCAUGUACUGGAGAUUUGUCAUCAGAAAUAAGACAACGAGAAAAAAAUGAGGCAGAAUUCGGAUAGAAAAUGUUACAAAUGUUUUUAUAUUGAGCUGUUUCGGAGGCUUUUAAGGUUUCAAGGGACUGUUAUGAAUCUUCAGCUUUGAACCCAAAUGAUUCAUAAUGUGAAUCGGGGAUUUUUAGCACUUAAAUUAUUAUUAUUGUUUUCAAUAAAAUAAAGUCAGAGAGGUGGCAAAAGUCAAAUAAACAUAAAAGGAGUUUGAUUGUCUUUCCUCCUUUUAGGGUUUCGAGGAAUCGUUAUGAAUCUUUAGUUUUCAACACAAUUGAUUCAUAAUGUGAAUCAGUGAGUUUUUUUAACGCUUUUAUUUUUUUUCCAAUAUAAUAAAAUCACUGAAGAGGCAAAAUUUGCUUGUGGUGGAAAAUAAGUGUAAAUGAUUAGAAUUUUUGCUAGUCUUUCCUCCUUUUAGUGUUUUUGAAUCUUAAGUUUAAGCCCAAAUGAUUCAUAAUGCGAAUCGGUGAGUAUAGCACUAGCAUUUUUUUUAUAAUAAAAUGAAUAAUUAUUGGAAAAAAAAUCAAUACAAUGAAGCCACCAAAAUUUGUGGUGGAAAAUAAAUCAUAAAGGAGUUUGAUUUUUGCUCGACUUUUAGAGUUUCGAGGCACUGUUAUGAAUCUAUAGCUUUGAACCCAAAUGAUUCAUAACGUGAAUCAGGGAUUUAAACGUUUUAACCUUAUUUUUUUUCCAAUAUAAUAAAAUCAAUAAACUGGAAAAUAAGCGUAGCGGAUUAUAAUUUUUUGCUCGUCUUUCCUCCUUUGUGUUUUUGAAUCUUUAAUUUUAAACCCAAAUGAUUCAUAAUGCGAAUCGGUGAGUUUAGCUUUAGCAUUUAGCAUUUUUUCCUCCGAUAAAAUGGUCGCAUAAAGUGGCAAAAUUUGCUUGUGGUGGAAAAAAAACGCGUAAAGGACUAUAAUUUUUACUUGUCGUUCCUCCUUUUAGUGUUUUGAAUAUAUACUUUUUAUUCAUCGUGUGAAUCGGUGAGUUUAGCAUUAGCAUUUAGCUUUUUUUUUUUAAGUGUUUCGUUUUAUUUUUUCAGGAAGUUUGUGUAGUGGAGGAUUGACGCAGGAAUCAAGCGCAUGUUAUUUUGGUGUUAGUCUGUAAAUACGCUCGUGUUUGUCAGCGUUUCGUUGUUCUUCCAGAAAGAUCUUGCGAAUUCACGAUGACGAUGCGGCUAAUAUUGUAACGCCGCCGGCAGGGAUUUUAACUGUGAGCGAUCGAUUCUUGGACUGGAUCUGUUUUAGUUUUCAGGGUUUAAUCCAGGGCAAUAAUACACGAUUCAUCUUUACCUCAGAUUAGAUGCGUCUAACACGUGUUUCCUUAUUUAAGAUGAAAUAGAGCGGGUAGCGAGGCAGCUCGGCGUCAGUCGUAAAACACAAGCAGAAUGCGUUUCUGUGGGAUUUUUUACUAUUCUUUCCAAUAACGUUGCAUUUUUGAUGCAUUAAUAAUGAUGAAUGAUAAUAAUGAUGCAUUUGUAGGUAAUUGUUGUAUUGUGUAAUAUAAAUGUGCUUCGUUUCGUUUUCGACAUGUAAACUGUGCCGUGAGUCGAGGACAUUCGCAUUGCUAGUCUCACCUUUAUUACUGUUUUUGCUUGUUUUCUGGAGUUGGUAACAUGUUAAUCUGAGACUUUGAUAGUCGUAAUGUGCUUCCAUUUUUAUAGAUUUUAAUAUAAUAUUAGUUAUGAUGGUUUGCUUUCAGUGCUCAUCAAUUUACACGUCAAUGUCAUACAACGUCUACAGAAUUGAUUCACUUCGCUGCAUUUUAGUUGUCAGUUUACGGAUGAGAAGCGUUUUGUUUCUUAAAAUUGGACAUAUAUAAACAUGGAUACACAAAAUAUAAUAAUAAUAAUGACACAAUCUCGUUUUCUUCAGUGAUUGUGUUUCUGUCAAACGGGUUUGAAGAGCUUACGGGGCAGAACUGUUGUAAAUACGCGAGUCGUUACUGCAUGCUGUUGUCAUGGUGACGCUGUGCAGUGGGCGUGUCCUUCUCUUCCAUAUAUGGACGUGAGCUCGCAUUUGUGGGCGUUUCUGCUUUUAAUUCCCGUCUGAUUUCAAUCCACGAACCUGCUCCUGUCGAUCACUGUGUUCAACGUCUACCAGGACGUUUUCUAUCUUCGUUUUCAAAGGCCUGAAUAGUGACGUUUUCCAGAUGAUGGCCUUUAGUUUAAAUCUAAAGUGAUAUAAACUCCAGACGUCGAGUUCAGUGCUGGCAACUCUAAUGUAGCAUUAUUUUUGUUGUGUGUGUGUGUGUCUUUAAUAAAAACAUGUGAUUUUAAAUAUACAAGUGCAUUUUUUAAAAAUCUCUAUAUAUCUGGUUUUGUUUGUUUUUCUAGCAGUGCCGUGAUGUUUUUCUACAGACGCUGGUGUAAUGCAGUAUGUUCUGACUGUAUCUGUGUAUUAAUAAAGGACAGUAUCAGUGAUUUGA